GGACGUAAGGGACGUAAGUACCAGUGAGCCGGUGAGGUGAGUACCGUUCGUAGUGUUAUGUACCCGGGCUCCGCCAUAAUUAUCAGAAAAGAGGUUAUGGUUGGGUGCAGUGAUGUGUGGGUGUUCUUUUUUUGUUCCGUUUUGAACAAGGAUUUCCAUCUUGACACAUUGUGCAAAUGACGAAAAGUGAACUGUGAUGUAAAGUACGCGGAUUAAUUCGUCCAAGUGACGUAAGGUAUUGAAAUUAUUCUGUGGCGGAAUAAGCUGAUAAUUCACUAAAGAGGGACAAAAUAUUUAACUAUAAUGUCGGAAGACGAAGAAGUAGUGUUUGAGGGACAUGAGCUUCAUCAUUACUUAUGUCAGCAAGGAUUCACAGAUUUUGAGGUUGUGAAAUACAGCAGUCCAGUACAGGAUUCCAAAACUAAGAAGUCUGAAACUUUAAGACAUCAGUUGUGGACACUGUUUAAAGGAGCAAUACAACCCUUCAUACCAAAAUGGCGGAUACCAGAUAUGAAGAAACUAGUGCCCCUUCAGUUGGAGAUAGAAGUUAUUUUGAACAGUGGGUUGUUGUUGGAAGAUGAUAGUCACUUUUUGGAAAAUCUUGCUCUUCCAAUAGAUGUCAUCAGUACAAAGCCAUUAUGGACUGAACUGUCACUGCUCCAUGGGAUAUUAGUUUGUGGUACGAUGUUCAUGUGGAAGAAAGAAGUGAUUCAUGGGCUUUUCCCAUUAUACUACUUAUUUCUUGCUGCAGAACAUUUCCUCAGUAAUUGGUACUUCUCAGUGCAAAGAACCAGGAUGUCUGGUGCUGUGAAAGGAUUGCUCAGCUGCUGUAAAGAUCUGUACCUCCUUCAAAAGAAAUCAUUGCAUUUUGUGCAAGAGAAUGAGCUUCUCUUCAGAGGAUUCACUCUAGCAAAGACUUCAAGUUCAGCAUUGCGCUUGGAAAGCUCACUUUUACCUUGCCUUGCUGAGAGGUGGUAUGUAAUGUCAGGUCUAAGAGUGUCAAUUUUUCACUCCACAUUUGAGGCAAUAAAUGUCUUGCAGAAUGCUACACAAACACUUGUGAUGAUGUGUCCACUCUCUGGCCAGUUGGAUAGAAGGAACCAUUAUGCAGCAUACCUAACUGCAGAAGAAAUGGGAAUUGAAGGACUUGACACUGCUGAAAAUACUGAAUUUCCCCUUGAAAUACUGAAGAAACUGCACCAAGUUUAUGUUCUUCUUCAAUCAGAAUUCCUUAGGCGUCUAGCCCUCUGUUUUCUAAUGAAGUUUUGGAAAAAUAUGGGACAGAAUAUACUGCCAGUUUCCACUCUUGUAAUUGAUGUGUCUGCUAAAUGCUCUGAAUGUUUUAGUAAUUUGAAUCAGGAUUAUAAAUACUUUAGUUGCUAUGGUUUAAAUGCUAUUAAUGAAUAUUAUUCAAAAAUACCUAAAAGGAAUUCUUGGAGAUAUUAUGGUGCUUAUGUUGGAAUACACAGUGCACGCUUACAUCUACAAGGCAUGCUGCAUAGAACAAAGGAGAUGGAGGAAUUACUAGAAACUCAGACUGAUGAAACUGAAGUUGCUGAUAUUGAUACACUUUCUAAAAAUGUGACAAAUGUGCUGACAGAUGUUAUCACAGAAAUUUGUUCUUGUAAGAGUUGUCUUGAGGUAGCAGUAAAUCAGCUUACAAUACUGAAUCAACCAGCUAUACCACAUUCAACCCCCAAAACUUCUGACCUGUUGACUGAGAAUAGCAGUAAACAAACACAAGAGCCUAUUGAAGUAGGGUUUACUGAUUUAGAUCCCCAAGUAGAAGAUGAAGUUUUUGAAGCAGUAAUCAGUCAUGAUAACCUGGGCUCUGGGUCUGAAGAUGAGGGUGAUAGUUCUGUGACUCUGGAUGCUAUAGAUCAAGUUAAACGUCAGAUGACAAAGGAGUGUUCUGCUAGAAUGCUAUUGGAAUUGAAGACAGUUCUUGUUCAUAAGUCACAGGAAUGGGAAAAGAGAGAAGCCAAGGCACUGAAGAACAAAGUUUUACGAAGUGCAAGAAUGGCAAAUAUUGAAGAUAGAGGUGAUGUGGAAUCAUCAGGCAUUGCUUUGCAGUUUGACUGUGAGCAUGACAUUGUGCAGGAGAUCAAUGGAGAGGAGUCAGAAACAGCAGGUGGGUAUGUCAGCCAAGGGGAACAAUCAGGUGAAGGGAAGAUUGUUGGUUCUGCACCAGAAACUGUGGAAGUUGGCAGUAAUGUUGUGAGUGAUGAUCCUUUCAUUUCAUUAGUAAUGAAACCAGAAGAGAACUGGCCUUUGCCAAGAUUUGGAAGAGGGAAAACAUAUAGUUCAUUGAAGUCAGGUUCUAGUUUGGUACCUUCAAGUAAUGCUGAAAUCCCUGACUUUAGAGCAGAACAGGUUAAGACUUUGAUUGUUGGGGCUGCUACAGUUCAACCCAAAUAUCUUGUGUGUAAUACUGAUGAAGAAACUUUCAGUGACUCAGGUGAUGACUGUAGCUGCAACGAGUCUGAGAAUAAUGAACAGUAAAGUAAGAUAAUAGUGUUUAUUUAUGUGUAUUAUUUUUUAAACAUGGAAGGCUAUUUUGAACAGUUAUGUAGCAGCAGUCAUCAGGACUAACUCUGUUUGAGUGUAUUUGACAUGAAAUAACGAUAAAAUAAAAUAUUUUGUCAUUUAA